AGCUCUCCGACGCGCGCCAGCCCACGUUCUCCCCAGACUGAGAAAGCUAGAUUCAUGUCAGAGCGCUCGCUGUCUCCGUAGGUCUCCGUCCACAGCGAACUCUGAUUCCGAGUUGCAGUAGCCACAGUUACCCAGUAACACCCUCCCUCCUCCCACACUCGCUCACCGGGCACCUCUGCCCACUCUCCUCAACCGGCCACAGUCGCUCGUUUUUUGUAAUUUCCAUGGCCCAGUUGCUCAAACCUGCAGAGUCCCAGCCCAGGCUAUCCCAGCUCCUCCCGACAGUCAAAUGUACGACUUGUUCUCAGCCUGUCCCUUUCAGCGAGCUCGGUGGACAUGUCUGCAAGCCCGUACCUCCCUUACCUAGCCAGCCGUCAAGGUCGACCCAGGCUCCUUCGCUCGUUUCAUCAAAGUUACAAAAUCUGAUCCCGCACAAGACAGUAACACCUACUCAGCAACAGCAACAGCCACUGCCAGCUACACACAGACAGCAAACAUCACUUGCUGACGUUGAUGACCUGUCCAACGACGAUCCUUUUCAACGCCUACCACCCACCAUGAAUAAUGUUACACUACCCACUCCUAGAGUCAACAGCCCAGCCGCUCCUUCCUCCGUGUCAUUCAGACAACAGCAAUCCUCGGGCCGACCAAACUUACCUGUAUCACUAUCAUCUAACAGACGCCCUCCAGAACGCGUCUCUACCCCGGUCCGUGCCGUCGAUGGUCCCUCAGUCCAAACACCCAAAACACCCCCCUCGACUGCCCUCCCGAAUCCCUUUGAUAGCCCUACUCCACCGCCUGUCCUUGGUCGGCCUAGAGGCGCGUCCCUAGCGAGGAGGGACCUCUCACCGGCUCCUCAGCCGCCCAUGCCCCUUCCGCCACCGCUAGGACGAUUGCGGACGCCUUCCAAUGCCAGUUCGAUUCGGCCUACGCUUGAAAGUCGACCUCGCGCGCCCUCUUCCGCUCCACGACCUUCGCUCGAUCCGCAACGUCGCCCAUCCCUUGAGCCUCCCCGCCCGUCCUUUGACAACCGUCGACCAUCCAUGGACGGGCCACGUCCGUCCCUCGAGCCACCUCAUCCAUCGUUUGACGGCCGUCGGCCAUCCGUUGAUGGCCAGCGUCCAUCUUUAGAGCCGCCUCGACCGACCUUUGAUGGCCGCCGACCGUCGGUCGAUGGUCAGAGUCGUCCUUCAACGGAUGCUCCCCGGCCAUCCCUUGACCGACGUGCCUCUCCUGCUCCUUCGGGACAGGUUAUCCAACCCCCGCCUCGCCAUAGCUCCGGUAUGCGUCUUGCGCAGGGUGGCCCUUCCCUUGUCAACGCUCCUCAGAUACCUCCAGCAAAAGCAGAGCAAGGCAGGAUGGGUACUGAUAUUGACACGAAGAGUGGAGGGGAAGCUGGCAUGGCAGGCGUAGGCCGGCGUGGUUUUGCUGCUGCUGCGCGUGCUGGACUGUUCACUCUGCCAAUGAAUCAAGGUACCGGUGUGAUGGGUCCGUACGGUGCCCAUAUGCAUCAGCCUGCACAGCAGAGCUUGCGUCCGAACGCGCCUGGAUACCUGGAUAUCGACGCAACCAUGAAAAACGGGAUGCGAUCUGCGACUACUCCCCCCUUAUCACCAAACUCGCUGCACUCGCGCUCUCCCGUGUCUCCUCAUCCUGUAUCGCCGGUUUCGCCAUCGGGCAGCACGACUCCCACCGGUGGUGCUUUCCCGAGCGUAUCAUUGGCCAGUGGCAAAUCACAUCAACAUUCCGCAUCCCCCGAUGAAGUGUCGGACCACGUGCGCAUUGCCUCUCCGUCAAGGACGCCCUCGCCAGUGUCGAAUCCAUUCAAUAGUCGCUUCAGCUACGAAUCAGAGGUUUCUGCAUCCGAUGGCGUUCAUGUCCCUUUCUUGGAUGCAUAUAUGGACAAGAAGCGGCCUGAAGAUGAUGGUAGUGAUGACGAGAGUGUUUACACAACCCUGACUUCUGAAGAACACGGUCGCUCCAAAAACGCCAACCGCCAUUCAACAGCAACUGAGUCGGAGGUGGGCCUCGCGUAUGCAGAUGACGAUGAGGAUGAUACUCCCGUCGUUACCCCACUCAACGUCCGGAAGUCCUCAAACGCAUCGACCGUCAAGUUCCCAACCAUGUCGUCAAGCGAUAACGUAAGGCGGCCCGUGCGCCAGGAUUCGGCAGGGUCCAUGUUUUCCUCUUCUUCCUCGGGAGAGGGCACGAGUCACUCGCGUGGUACGUCGACCACCAAUACAAUACGUGGCGGUGCGCUCGAGCGCGCGAUGGAGACGCUCCUUGAAGAGGGCGCGUCUGUGUCUCUGACCUCGUCCGGCUCCGUGCUCGCUUCUAUGUCCAAGGGCAAAGCGAAGGCACAGCGCUCCAACACUGUGCCCGGCCCCGCACCCGAGCACAAGACUCCAAAACCCCCGACUCGCUCUCACACUAGUCCCGCUCACGCACACUCGGAGCGUGUCGGCGCAAACGGCGAGGCUUCUCGCGCACUGGAGCGCGUUAAGAAACAGCGGCCUUGCGCUCGCUGCGAUAGCAAGAUUGAGAACGGACGGUGGAUUGAGAUGGAUGGCGGGCGCGUGCUGUGUGAGCAGUGCUGGAAAAACUUGUAUUUGCCCAAGUGCCGUCGUUGUAAUUUACCCAUUGAGAAACAAGCUGUUUCUUCCUCGGAUGGCCAGCUUAAGGGCAAAUACCAUCGGAACUGCUUUAAUUGCCACGCGUGUCAUAAACCUUUCCCUGACAAGGAGUUCUACGUCUUCGACGGCAAACCUCUCUGCGCAUAUCACUACCAUGAAGCGAAUGACUCGCUUUGUUCCGCGGUAUCGUGUGGACAACCCAUUGAAGGCCCUUGCGCCGUCACCCACUCCGGAAGGCGGUAUCACCCGCAGCACUUGCUAUGUGAAUACGAGGGCGGCUGCAGCGAGCGGCUCGCUGAGUACUGGGAAAUCGAUGGUCAGAUGUUCUGCGACCGUCACGGCAGUGCUACCGCUGCUGCUCGACUUGGACCACAGCUACGCGGAGGUGCACUCGAGGCUGCCCGGGACGACAUGCGUGCGAUGAAGCGCAUGACACGCUUCAUCGAUCUUGGCGCGACGCCUGACGAAGACGAGGAUGACGAACUCGACAUUCUUUAAUUGGAAGAACAUGCCCGAGGGCUGAGCGACAAACGAUCGGGGACCAUACCUACUCCCUCCCCACAACACCUAUUUCACCUCUGGACCAUACGCACGCACCACUCUGCAGUCACAUCUUUUAUUAUUAUCUUUUAAUUUUCUCUCUUACGCACAAGCACAACUGGACAUUACUAUUACUCCUUCGCCUUCUUCGCUAUGUAUUCGCAUCUUCAUUGGAUAUAUUCCCACAACUUCGAUUCCCCCUUCAUACCCGGAUAUAUACCUUGUUGUUCUUGCCGGAGGCCCCCAUCCGCUUCGUAUCUCUCUUCUCUAAAUCUCGUUUUCUGGGCCAUUCAGGUUGCAUUUGCAUGACGGACUUUGGACUCGCUUUGUGGAUCUUCUCGACCUUGUUCUUUUGUUGCCGUUUCACCCCCCUUCCC